GGGGCCGGAGGGCCAGCGGGGGCAGCGGGCGGCUGUGCGCCCACGCCAGGCGGGGCUGGCGUGGAGCUGAGCGCCGGGCCCGCGGCCGCCGCUUCCCUGGCUCAGCCUGAGCCGCCAGUCUACGCUAACCUGAGCAGCUACACGGGCUCGGCGAGCGCUCUGGGUGGCACCACGGUCAACUACAGCACGGAGACGGUGCCUUACCCGCCACCCCCCGCCGGCCUGGGACCCGGGCCCGGGCCGGGCCCUCCCCAGCCGCACCCCCGGCUCCAGGCGCUCAAGGACGAGCCGCAAAUCGUGCCCGAUGUGCCCAGCUUCGGUGAGAGCCCACCGCUGUCUCCCAUUGACAUGGACACCCAGGAGCGCAUCAAGGCGGAGCGCAAGCGGCUGCGGAACCGCAUCGCAGCCUCCAAGUGCCGCAAGCGGAAGCUGGAGCGGAUCUCGCGGCUCGAGGAGAAGGUGAAGAGCCUGAAGAGCCAGAACACUGAACUGGCGUCCACUGCCAACCUUCUCCGCGAACAGGUGGCGCAGCUCAAGCAGAAGGUGCUCAGUCACGUCAACAGCGGCUGCCAGCUCCUGCCCCAGCACCAGGUGCCCGCGUACUGAGGGGGGCCGAGAGCCUAAGCUGCCGGAGACCCGGGGUCCGGACCUGGGGUCCCGGGGUCACCCACUAAUUGACUGACGGAGCUCGGGCAUCCGGCUCGGGACUGCUUCUCCCUCAGGGCGCAUGCUCGGCUGCUUCUCUCCUCCUGACCCUCGAGGGCCAGGACCCAGACUCUCCGACAGAGCCCAGGCGCCUCCCUCGGGACAGGGCGCAUGCCUGGCCUGGCCGACCCCUCGUUUUGGCCACCCUCUCACCUCUUGGGCCAAGACCCCAUGACUGACCCCGGGCGCCUGGCUCGGGGCUAGAACGAGUCCUUAGGGCGCAUGCCUUAUGAGAGGACCUCCUCCUCCACCCCCCAAUUCUAGCAGCCCUCGAGCACACAGCCGCGGACCCCAGCUGCUCCCACCGCCAGCGCUUCAGGCUUCCUCCUUGCCCCAGUCCACAGUGGCCUCCGGGCGGACUGCGGUGGACUCUGGGCGGCGCUCCUGGGCCUAGCCAGGAAACGGGGAAGAGGAGGGGUCAAACUUGGGGAGCCUGGACUUGGGGUUGGAGAUUCCACCUGAGAGAGGCUGUGGCACGCACUGGGGCUAGACUAGCUCCCAGCCUGGGAGGCCCAAGCGCAGAAGACCGACUCCCUGUCCUGGGGAGCUCGAUGCUGGGGGGCUCCCUGCCCCCUGUUUACAAGCCCCGAGAGCGGCUUGGGCCGCUGCCGUCUAGUCUGUCCGUCAGUCCGUCCGUCCCUUUUUCUACACCCCUUCUCCCCCACCCCUAUCGUGUGUCUGGUUUGCACAAACCCGCGUCUCCAAUCCGCCCCCUUUGUACAAAGUGUAAAUGUGACAUUUACAGAAUUUCAAGCUAUUUUUUUUUUGUUUGAAGUGUUCGAAUUGCCCUAUUUAUGUUUAUACUGGGAACAACGUGGUGGGUGGUUUUUUUUUUUUAAAGAAAAGCUCCACCCCCAUCAUCCCCCUCCCCCCUUUUGCUAUUACUCCACAUUCCAGUAUGUAAUACUGUACUCUGACCUUCUGUUCAGUAAAGUAUUGUUACCACGA